AUGGAGGGCAAUCUUGCUUUGCAACACCGGCCUUUGGCAGUGACUCAGCAUCUCAUAGAAAAGUACUACGAGCACAUUCAUAAUGGUACAUCGGCUGCGGACAGAAAUAAGGGUCGAAGACGGAUAUGUGACGGUGGGGAUAUGGUUGAAAGGCGAUACGAGCUCAAUCGACAGGGAGGGAAGUAUUUGACUGACGUACAGCAUAAGAGCGGUAUCUCCUUUGGAGCGUAUGAUAUGGAGUAUGAAGAGGCAGUUUCAACAGAUGAGGAGUUGAAUGACGAGUUAGAUGACGAGGAAGAAGAAGUGGAAGAAGAAGAGCGUGUUUCAUUUUUCCCCAAAUGCAAAGCAUUCAUAUACAGUCUUUUUGUCGGAGAUUAUGAGAAGGAUCUGCUUAUUGAGAAGAUCCUCGCCACUAAGCAGCAUGCCAUGUCGUACGAAGAAUGGAGCUAUGCGGGACUCAGACUGGAUGAACUGACUGACAAAACAAAGUGGAAGCAAAAGGUCGAAUCGAAUUUGUAUGACUACAGGUUGAUCCGAGAGUUAACGACGAAGCUGCGUGAAAAGAGACUUGCAGAGGACUAUUCUGGAUUACUGUAUACUAUAAGGACGAGCUGGGUCAGGAACCUAGGCAAUAUGGGAAAUGUUAAUUUGUACCGACACUCGCAUGUGGGUACCAAAUUUCUCACAGACGAAUAUCUGAACGAGUCCCGACUGGCCAUAGAUGCUCUGCUACAUCAAUCCGAGUUAGAUGAUGGAUACCUUCUCGGAAUACUUCAACAAACUAGGCGUAACAUAGGUCGAACCGCGCUGGUUUUGAGCGGCGGAGGAACGUUCGGCUUGUUUCAUAUCGGAGUAUUAUCAACGUUGUUCGAGCUUGAUUUGUUGCCAAGAGUCAUCAGCGGAAGUAGCGCAGGCGCUAUAGUGGCCAGUAUUCUUUCGGUCCAUCAUAAGGAUGAAAUUCCGCAACUACUAGAGCGGGUGCUGGACACCGAAUUCAACAUAUUUAAGGAUGACAAACAAAAGAGUGAAAGCGAGAACUUCCUUAUCAAAAUCUCAAGGUUCUUGAAGAACGGGACUUGGUUUGACAAUAAAAAUCUGGUGAACACCAUGGUUUCCUUUCUAGGUGACUUGACCUUUCGGGAAGCCUACAAUAGGACUGGCAAAAUUCUUAAUAUCACGGUAUCCCCCGCGUCUCUAUUCGAGCAACCACGCCUGUUGAACAAUCUUACGGCGCCAAAUGUUCUGAUAUGGUCAGCAGUAUGUGCGUCAUGUUCUUUGCCUGGCAUCUUCCCAUCAAGUCCGUUGUAUGAAAAGGAUCCCCAAACGGGUGAGAAGAGAGAAUGGAGCGGCAGUGCAUCUGUCAAAUUCGUUGACGGGUCUGUGGAUAACGAUCUACCGAUAUCGAGGUUAUCGGAGAUGUUUAAUGUGGAUCACAUCAUCGCCUGUCAAGUUAAUGUUCAUGUUUUCCCGUUUCUGAAACUCUCGUUGUCCUGUGUCGGUGGUGAUAUUGAAGAUGAAUUUAGUGCUCGCUUGAAGCAAAAUCUGACAAAUGUUUACAACUUCAUGGCUAAUGAAGCCAUCCAUAUCUUGGAGUUGGCCUGCGAGCUGGGAGUAGCUAAGAAUGCUCUCACAAAAAUGAGGUCUGUCUUAUCACAGCAAUACUCCGGUGACAUUACAAUUUUACCUGAUAUGAAAAUGCUUUUUCGCUUGAACGAACUGUUGGCGAACCCUUCAAGAGAAUUCCUGCUUCGGGAAACGACAAACGGCGCUCGUGCGACUUGGCCUAAAGUUUCUAUCAUUCAGAAUCAUUGUGGCCAAGAGUUUGCUCUGGACAAAGCCAUUACUUAUUUGAAGGGUAGAAUUAUUGGUUCAUCUUCGAUAAGGAACCCUUUGCAGUUUGUUGAUAUGCCGGUAGGCCUCAUCAAAACUCAAGGCCCUAAGGAUAACGUAGGGGACAAAGAGGAAGGUAAUAUCAUAACAUCUUUGGACGAUAAUUUGUUUGAAUCCGAAUCAAUCAAUUCACUCUUACUUCUCAGGGAGGAUGCUGCUGAUAACAAACGUGAUUAUACCGGUAAGUUUAGUUUGCCAUUGUAUGAAACUCCAAGAAGUGUAAGACAUCAACGCCGGAAAUCCGAGACCAAUGCCCGCUCAAGACAGUCGAGUAAUUCUGUUUCUUUUCCAGUUUCUUCCUCGUCUACACGGAUUCAGAGGGGUACCACUAAAGCAUUUCCGAAUCCACCUCGUUUAUCUAAAAAGCUCAGCACCGGCCACAUCUAUUUGCAAAUGCCACCCAGAGGAGAACUGAAGAAGCUCUCUGACAGAAGGGAUUCCUUUGUGGCGAUCAACACUAACGAUGCUCCACCGCAGUCCGCUCCCGGUGGAGUCGAUCUGCGGGCUAAAAACACUUCACCGAGGAGCGUGAGGCAGCGCUCGAAGCGCAACAGAAAGAGAAGAAGCAACAUCUUGUCCACAGCGGGUUCCGAAGAAGAAGAGGCCUCAGGAAUUUUCGCUGGGAGUCCCAAUGACCAGCGAGAGAAAAAAGCUUACGCAUUCCGUUCAAGACAAAACAGCAUGAACGAUAAUAGCCUUAAGAGGCUGUCAGCUUCAAGUGGCGGUCCGUCACCAAAAUCACACAAGGUUUUAACUCUAAAAGACGACACUACAAACAAAAUCGAACUCCUCGAUAAGAGCUCAACAAAGACGGCUACACCUUCUUCCGAAGAGUUAUGA